AAAGGACAAUAAUGAUAUUGAUUUAUAAUGAAUAUAUGAAUAAGUCUAUAGUGGUAGAGGAGAUUUAGAUUAAAGAAAUUAAAAUUCAAGUGUUGCUUUAGCUUAACAGAAAUGCUGAUACUUUUGGACAUAUCAAACUAGAUAAUAUUGCGAGCAUAUUUGAUUGCAAUUCUAAUUAAAGAUGGAUGAAGAGUUGUUAUAUCGAGUUUUAAGAAGUAUGAACCCUUUUAAGAGAAUGAUCUUAUUAUUAAUUUCAACAGAAUAGAUGUAGGAUGGAAAACACCUAUUGAAGAUAUUAAGAUGAGAUUUUUAUCAUCUUAAUAAUAAUCAAUUUAUAAAUAGUUGCACUUGUCGAGUAGAUAUGGAGAUAUAAUUAAGAUGCCUUGUUAUUGAAAAGGUAUAAAGUUGUCAUGUUCUGUUCAUAUGUAAGAUUUAGAAUUUAUUUACUAAUCAUAAUUUAAAUGAUAUUAUUUUAUUACAAUUUUGUUGUCAUUUAUAUAAAAUCUUUAAUAUGCUAUCAAAAUUAAGAUGAAUAAGUAAUUUUAUUUUAUAUGAUUUAUCAACAAACUGUUUCUCUAAUCUUUACAUUUGCUUAUAAUUAAUUUUUUAAUAAAUAUUGUCCAAUGGGAGAAGUAGGAAUCAAUAUUCCUUUUGGGUAGCCCUUAAAUAAAGACAAAAAACUGAUAGAAAUGCAAGAAGAAUUAAUAUCUCACAUAAAUUAUGUGAAUGAUUGCUUUGAUAAAGAAUUGUUGGCCAUAGGAAGUUCGAAUAAUAAGAAUGGAAGAAGAAUUAAAUUAUCAUAAUAUAAAGUAGAUCCAAAUAUUUUUGGUUUUUCUGUAAAUACCUUUGAAUUACGCGAACAUGUAAAUUUCUUGUCUUAGUAAUUUUACUAAAUUUGCGUAUCAGAACCUUUAUAUAAAAAUAAUAAAAAUUGUUAGCAGAAAGAAAUAGACUAAUCGCUUAUAAUGAAAAGGGUUAAACCUUUAACACAAUAAUUUGGCUUCAGAGAAAUAAUAAUAUAGAUUCUUUUAGUAAUCCUCUGCUUUGGAUUGAUUACUUGGGAUGCUAUCUAAUUACAAUUAAAUAUCUAUCCAGAAAUAGGCGGAUCGAGUAUUCAUUACUUAUUAUACUUACGGAUUAGCUUAAUAUUUUUGCUCUUUAUUUCAUAAUUGAUUUAUGUGACUAGGGCAAUAAAAUUAUAAUUUUAUUUAUCCUACCUCCUCAGUUUGAUAAUUACUAUCUUAACUAUACUGUGCUUGUAUGGGUUUAAUCUUAUGAAAGAAAAAUAUGGUGACAUAGUAAUGCAAAUGGGAUAGUGCGGAGCUAUUCUAAUUGGAUUUUUUCUUUUAUGCAUUCACUUAUAUAAAUUAGAAAUUAAUUUAUAGAGAAUAAGAGUAUUGCUGGGAGCUUAAUACUAAUCCCCUCUGGGUUGCUUUUGAUUAGAACUAAUUAAUUACAAUUUUAUAUUUUAUUUGCUUAAUAUCAAUAAUGAC